GAGCACUCAGGUGAUCUGUCCAAUCCACCGAUCGGUAUCAUGCUCAUCGCUUUGCUCCUCAUCCCAAUAAUCGCUGUGCUCGGCGAUGGCGGAAAAUGUGAAUCGAAAUCCCUACUCAUGGACCUGCUCGAGAUGGUUCCCCGACAUCAGAACAGCACACUGUCCAAGUGCGAGGAGCAGCUUAUGGAACUGAGAAAAGCCUGGCAGGAUCAGCAGUCCUGGGCGCUGAAGGCUCUGGAUGCCUCCGGUGAGGGCUUCUCCAACUUCAUGAUGGGGCAGAGCACCUGGCUGGGCAACCGCUUCACCUGCCGCGCCGUCCACGAGCCGGUGCUCCAGGACAUGACCAACUCCAAUUCGCGCCUGCUGCGCGAUGUGUCGCCGAUUGCCUUCGACUACGUGGUGGCCUACAUUGAGUCCAAUUCGCCGUGGCAGCUGCAGGUGUCCAUCAAGAAGAAUCCCCUGCUGCACAUUGGCCUCUGUCUGCCCAGGAGCUGUGACAUCCCGGAGGUGGAGCAGCUCAUCCGAAGAUCCCUCGUCUCGGGCAAUUCCUUUCGGUGCUGGGAUAUGGAUGCCAAGUUGGCUUAUGCCAAGAAACCGACACUAAGACCCCAUUUCUUUGAGAGUGGAGCUGUGCAAAUGCUAUUUCUAGUGGUGGGUGGAACCCUUCUGCUAACCGUUGUGGCCUCGAGGGGUCUGGGCCAGCACUCCCGCAUCCUGGGCUGCUUCGAUCUGGCCAGCAACUGGGAGCUGGCCUGGAAGCCAGUGAAUCCCAGCCAGGAGAAUAGAACCAUUAACGGCCUGAGGGUGUUCACCGCCUUCUCGUUGAUCGGCGUGCACGUGGUCUGGUACAAGUACUUCUCUGUGGACCACUCGCUGGAGAUGCUCGGCAAGGUGGUGUCGAUGACCAUGCGGCACACCUACUGGCCCAGCAUGGUGGAGAUCUUCUUCGUGGUCAGUGGCUACUUGACGGUCUUGAAUUUCCUGAAGGACGAGCAGCUGCAGCAGGAAAUCGCCAGCGAUGGACUCUGCCGUAAUGGGCGUCGCUACUUGGGGCAGUUCAUCCAUCGCUACUGCCGACUAGCUCCGCUGCAAUUCGUGGUUAUACUGGCGGGUGUGGUCAUGAUGGAGUACCAGCGCCAGGUGUCUGUGCUGCACAUAACCGAUCCGCAGGACGAACUGUGUCGGCGAUACUCCAUACGCAACCUGUUGUUCAUCCAGAAUCUGUAUCCCAUCAGGGACAUGUGCGGAUCGUGGACCUGGUCGCUGGGCUGCGACAUGCAGCUCCACAUGCUGGCCAUGCUGCUGCUCUUCGGCCACACCAAGCAUCCCAAGAUGGUCAGAUGGAUUACACAGGCGCUAUUGGUGGUCAGCGCCCUGCAGUCGAUCGUGAUGAUGGAGGUGAAGGAGGUGGGUGCCAAUUUCGAGGCGUUGUAUCACACCAACGAGUGGUCCUACAUGAGUCCCUCGAUCCGCAUGCUGGCCUACAUAGUGGGUGGCUCCUAUGCGUUCACCCAUGUGAAGGGCUUGGCCACGCCCUUUGACCUGGUGAUGCCCAAUCGCUGGGUGAGAUUGGGAGCCGUUGUGUUGAUUGGCUGGCUGGCGAAACAGGUGACAAUGGAUCGACUGCCGGCAACCAGUAUUAUCCACACCUUCAUGAUCACCCUGCGGGUGCUGGUCACCGCGCUGGCCAGUCAUCUCAUAGUCUGUGGCACCAAGCCGGACACCAGCGAUUCCUAUGCUCCCACACGCUGGCUCCUGGCUAUCCUGCAGUCCGAGCAAGUGCAGCGGAUCAGCCGGUUCACCUACGCCAUCUACCUUUUGAACCCCAUUGUCAUCAUUUACUUUUACCACUCCUUCAGCAAUGAAGUGAAACCGGACAACACCAUGAUACUCCUAUUUACGAUUGCCUGUUCGGCGAUCUGCUACGCAAUGGCCAUUGUUGUGACGCUGCUCUUCGAGAUUCCCUACAACCGGAUGACCAAUCUGCUGAUUAAGUCCAGAUCCUUCAAGAAGAAGAAUCUGUAGAUGCCACUGGUUUACGGAUAUCCCAGGAUGUGCCUUACGAAACGGAAAUGUUUGCCCAAAUCUAUGUUUAAUUGGUUAACUUAAGCUGGCUAAUUGCAAUCACGAAACCUCCAGAAUAAAUUGAACUUUGGUUGCCGAGAACGAGAGCGGUAAUUAAGCAAUUCGUCGGCAAUUGGUGUACUUUAAAGGAAUAUUUCGUUUAUUUAUCGAAUACAUUGAAAUGCAUACACGAGUUGGUUUCCUCAAAUUUUUUGUUUGUUUUUUGUAUUUUUUUUAUCUUUAUAUUACUUUGUAUUUGUUUAAAUAAAUAAGAUACAUACGUUUAAUCAUAAUAGCAGUAUUUAUCGUGCAAAUUUGAUAAGCAUAAUAAUUGUUUACGUUUUGCUCGUUUUGCAAGUUUUUGUCGGUUUUUGUUUUUUUCUCAUUACGAAAUAAAUUUAAAUAUAUGAAAAAAAAAUAUAUAUUUGCUUCUUCUUAAUUUUUGCUGUAUAAUUUUUGUCGUUUUGUAUUAUCAUUUCUCAUCAUCUUUUUUGUUUUGUUUUAAUUAGCUGCUCUUGCUUAUGGUUGCGUUACGG